AUGUGGCUGCAGCUUGUGUCGGGCGCUUUUACAGGUGCCGUGAUUGUGUACGGGCUCGUGAAAUUCUUGCUCACGCUACGGCUACCAAAUUCUCAUCGCAAGACGGUAGCAAUUUCUGGUUGCGACUCGGGCUUCGGCCAGCUACUCGCGCUACGUCUGAAUUCUCUAGGCGUACCGGUUGUUGCUGGGUGUUAUUCGGAAAAGGGCGAAGAAGAGCUCAAAAACAAAGCUUCAAAAGCCAAAAUCCUCUACACCCAUCCGCUAGAUGUUACGGACAAUGAGAGCGUGACGAAAUUCUCGGAUUUCGUUCGAAAAGUGACCGGGGGACGAGGACUUUGGGGAAUCGUGUGCAACGCAGGAAUCCUGGGAAAUUCGGGUCCGGACGAUUGGCUGAAUGCUGAGGAUUACAUGAAGACAAUGUCGGAAAUUUGUCAAGAUUCAACAAGGCCGCAUCGUCAUUGUUUCUCCAUUUCUGGCCGUACUCCUAGACCUACAGUUGGGCCGUAUUGCGUUUCCAAACAUGCCGUCGAAGCUUACGCUGAUGUUAUCAGACACGAGAUGUGCGACUUUGGCGUGUCAGUGCAUAUUUUGGAGCCCGGCUUCUUCACCACGAACAUCACUCAGACGGCCACCAACGAUUUGGAUAGGGUGUGGACCCGCCUUGACGACGAGCAGCGCCACGAAUUUGGCCGCGAUUUCUUUGACAAAUACAAACACUCACGCUUCUCACGUCUUUCCCACUGCUCGGAUGACUUGGACUCCGUUGUCGAUGCUUAUGAACACGCUCUGCUUGCGAGGUUCCCAAAAACCCGCUACUGGGUCGGCUGGGACACGAUCUUCUUCUACAUCCCGCUGGCCACCCUUCCGACUUUCCUGCAAGACUGGGUCAUCCACUUCCAGCGCCGUGGCCGCCCGAUGCCGCUGGCCACCAAAACACCC